GAAGACGCGCCAAUGGACUCUCUCUUUGACCCUACUGAAGCGUGCACCUUUCUUCUCGUUUUUUCUUCGUUCUCCUUACUCUCCGAAGUUUUCCUCUACGAUCCUUCUGUCUGGCGUCCUUGUUCUUCAACCUUUACAUUACCGUGAAGUAGCAGUAGUUCCUCCGCAUCGCGCACUUUCCGACUAUGUGAUAUAAAAAUGAAACAUUGAGUUUGUAUCUUCGUUGCAGAUUUCAAGCAGUAUCUCAGUUACGUGAAUUUUACAAACAAUUUUCUAUUGAAUAAAAGUGUGGUCAUUGAAAUAAAAAAAAGAAGUUUUAAUCUGGUUUUGUGAUAUGUUCCUGACGGAAAGGAUCUAAAUAACAAUCAUGAAUUUUCUUCGCGUUACAUCAACGUUAUUAUUGCUCAUCUUUGUAUGCAGUACAUCAUCAUGCUUGAAAAAUGAUCGAAAUGAAGCAUCCUUCGAUAACGGUCCAAAUAUUAUUCGAGGCAAUCGAAGGGACGGAUUAAACGAAUAUUUAGUCCCACCUCCAAGACCAAAAGCUUAUCCGGUGAGGUCUGGAAAAGUAGUAAAUCCUUCGAUAACGGAAGCUCCAGGAUAUUUCUCGCAAUUGAUGAGCUGGUUAAAUCCCUUUAAUUAUGGUCCUUCGACUUCGACGCCUCUAAAGACUCCAGCACACCUCGAAUCACCACCUCAAUAUUACGGUGCUCCACCAUUUAAUUUGCAUCUUGCUUUGCAACCUGAACCAUUUCUUCAUCCUCCGCUUGAAUCUCAACCUGGUCCACCUAUCUAUCCUCCUAUCGGCAUACCUCCGGCUGCUCAACAUUCUAGCUUGUCUCUUGCACCUUCCUUCAAUGUACAUUCCGCUCCGCCUUUUCGCCUUCCUCCUGGUCCAUCUUUACAAGUUCACAAUCCCUCAGCUACCUUUCACGAUACGCAACGUGGCUUCCCAAGUCCAAAGAAUAGCCGCGGCCUUUACAUACCGCCGAAUAAAGGGAAACACUGUAAUCUUUGCAACAAAAUUCCUUGGAUUCCGAUGCAAGGUGAUGGGCAUCAUUCAGAGAAGUAUCCGUCCCCUCAGCAACUUUCGAAUGGUUAUCUUCCUCCUAGCAAUCAAGGGAAUCACGACGCCCAAUACGCGGCUUCGCACGAAAUCAGAAUAUCAGAACUUUCCCAAAUACUCGUUGAGCAAACUCCUUUUAACAACGCAUUACCACAUUCAGCGUUGCAUCCCGAUUCGGUACCUCCUCUCUACAAGACAGAACUUUUUAAAAACCCUUCUGCAAUUGAAAAUCUGGGGCGCCUCAAGCCACCUCCUUUGCCUGUAACGUCGUUAGCUAAUCAAGAACACAAAAAUCCUGAAAUUAACGACGAGCAUUAUAACACCAAUGGCAAUGACGAUCUAAGAUCCAUUGGAACAGAAGUGAAUCAAGGACAUGUAAACGCCAUAUCCCAGAGUCACGAGAUCGAAAUCAACAAAGAACCCGCAAAUCACAAAGAAUCAUUUGGUAGUUUGAUUCCCGAUACUCAGUUUCCUGUAUCCGAGACGUCUUUCAAUAAUUUUCCAAUUUUGAAACAAGAAAAUGACGAUGGAGUUUUAAAUAAGCCUGCAUAUCAUAAUCAGGCUAUUCUCCAUGGUAUUGGUUCGUCAAAUUACGAGUCACCUAAUCAAAACGAGUACCAUGAACCCUUUAAUUCAAACUCAGGUCCCAACACCAAUUUGAAUUAUCUACCGCCAGAUUUGAAUCCUUCGGCUAGCUUUGGAACGUCCACUUUUCACAAUCAAGAGAGUGAUAGUUCGAAUUAUCAGUAUUCUGACGAUUUAUCUCCUAGCGGUAGUGUCGUUAAAGAUUCUCAAGUGACCACGCAACCGUCCCUCGUGAGCUCUCUUGAAUCGAUACACUUCGAAGAAUCGCCGUUGUUAGAUCUAACGAAAAAAGGUGAUAGUCAAACUGAGACGCCAAGGACAACUUCCACUAGCGGGCAUACCAACAUCGGUGAUAAUACAGCGAAGGCAACCACAGAUUAUAAUUUGGAGACCGACAGUAUAUUUUUUGAAGAUUCGUCCAACUUCGUCAGGUCGACCGAAUCUUAUUCAUCUUCGGAUAUUCAAAAUAUCAAUAGUGUUUUCGGGCCUUCGACAUCCACAACUGCGGAUUUCUCGAAUGUUAAUCAACGCGUUGAACCAUCAACUAGUAAUAGAGGAUAUGCAAAUCAACAAGAUGUUUCGUAUAUUCCACCAUCCGGACAACCAGGAUAUUUGUGGCCAAGUUUGUUAAUAAACACGUCAAAUUUGAAGAAUGAUUCUUCGAAGAAUCACGGUUCCUUGAAUCAUCUUGCACAAUGGAAUGAUUCUUUCCCGGGAGAUGUAAAUUCUGAAAAGCAAGAUGAUGUAGAUUCAAAGGAUACAAGAAACACGCUUCAAAGGCAACAAAAUAUAAAAAGAAACAAACAAGUACAGGUUAUUAUACCAUACACGUCAGAAUAUACACCAAUCCCGUUUCAACAAUCCUACGGAGACUGGAGUGUUAAAACUAAUUCUGAACAUACGCAGUCGAGAAAAGUUCCCUCUAGGAGUGAAUCGAACGUUAAUAAUUAUCUUCAACAAGAAUCUAGGAAUAAUAUUCAAGUAGUUAAUCAAUUUCAAUCGCAAUUUAACGUCAGUAAUUCAAAGAAAUUAAAUGUGCAAUCGAUAAGACCAUUUUUAACUACAGCAGAAGAUUUAAAAAGCACUACAACAAAAGCAAAUACUUCGAUUGAUGUUCGAAGGUUACAAAAAAAUAUCGAUAAUUGGACAAUACAAGAAUAUUCAAAAUCUACAACAUCUAGCACAAUUUUACCCAGUUCUUUGCACCCUUAUCUUUCACCAUCAAAGAAAAUACCAACGGAAUAUUUGACAACAACAGAACCAAGUGAUCAUAUAAACGGAUUGAAAGAUCAUAAUGAAAGUGUGAAAACGUACUCUUUGGCUGGGUUUAGCUUUAACGAAAUAGAACACGAAGGCUCCGCGAGCAGCCAUACUGAAACAACUCAACCGGCUAUAAAUGUUGUACGAAUAAAUAAUCCAAAAAUAACAGCCAAUGAUUUGCACGACAUAAAUAAAUCUUCGUUAGAAGAAAAUUCCACGUGGGAGACACACUCUGUAUCGAUAUCGCCUCUAAAUAAAGAACGAGUUUACGUGGUAACUCCACAGCCGAUACUAGAAGUACCCUCGAGAAACGAGUAUGAAAAUCGCAAGGGACAAGGGAAAAGAGAUCAUUCACAGCGAAUAAGUGAAUCUGUCACCAAUGACGUGAGCAACGGCAAGAAUAACUUCAGCGAAUUUGAAGCGAUCGAGAAAGCCUAUCAAGUGCUUCCGCAAGCAGUAAAUAAUCUUGCUGUUGCAUCUACAGGAAAGGAAAAUAUUCCUUUGUGGGGAAUUAUGGAGCACGAAGAGUUUGCUACGUUGAAUUUGAAUGAAAACGACGAAGAAGCGGCGGAAGAUACUGUGGACGGACCGGUACUUUACUCUGGACAUUCAAAGGUAGCACGAGCUAAACGAUGACAUGCAAAUAUUCCUUAAAUCUGGAGGCUGAAUAAUACAAUUUUUAGUUGUGAAUAGUUAACUAUUCUAUUGUUUUAAUUUCAAAGACUUUCUUCAGUGUUUCAAGUGCGUAAUUUAAACUUCAUCAUGGCCAGUGUAUUUAUAUUUACCAAUUUUGUAUACUUACAUGUAUUUGUAUGAAGUGAACAAUUUAGUUAUUUGUAACAUAAGUAGAUAUUUUUGCAAAGAAAGAAAUAACGUGUUUGUGUAACGAGAUUGUGUAACCGAUUAAGACUUCAAUUUCAAAUUAUUUUUCCUAUAUACGAAGAAUUACUAUAAAAAUAUCAUUUAUAUGAAUGCCGAUUAAUUGUGUAUCACUUUGUAAAUACGUAAAAGUAAAUAUACUGUAAAUUUAAUAAAUAGGAUUAAAUUAAUUAUAAUAAUUAA